UGUAUUGGAAUAGUUGAUGAUUAUUAGACUAGAGGUCUUCCUGGCUAAGAUCAUCUGCAAAGAUUUUCUCAUUAACUGUGACAUAAAGGGUGAAAAACUUUUCAACCUGGUGUUCUUUAGAUAGCUCCUCCAUAUUUCUCCUUUGUUCCUUCAGUUGUCUCCUCAUCUCAUGGAAGUUCUGUGGUGGAACAUGGGACAUAAUGAUUUCAAUUUCUUCAUCAAUAACUUUAUAGCAAUGGAAUUGGACAAGGGUGAUCUUCCUGGGCUUUCUGGGAAUUUCGUUUUGCUGCAUAUGUCUUCUCAUCAUCUCAAAAUCAUCAUUGAAAUCCUUGUGAAGAUUAAUAUGCUCGAUGGCGUCCAUGAGAGCUCUUUGGUCCAUAGUAUCGUAUUCCUCUCCUUGCAUGCCUUUAUGGUUAGUAUCUUUAGUAUCUUGAUACUCCAUGUAGACAAUAUCCUUGUGAGUAUUGUUUGUAAUGUACCACUGAGUGUCAUGUGCCUGUGUCUUUUUUGUCUUUGUGUUGAACCACAAUUGGAUACGGUCAUCUCUGUUGCAUUCUAACUCAAGAUAAUCAUCAAAGUUUGAAUCUUCAAAAUAAAACCUAUGAAUAGUCGCAUUAAGGGGAACGGAGUAAUGUCCACAAUAUGCUAUAGCAAGAGUUAAGCAGAGGACUACAAGUAUUUUCAUAUUUUAUUAAUUAGUU